GCGGUGUCUGUAUAAAUAGCCCCACAGAUGCCUGAGCAGGAGACCGCGUGGUGGAUUCCCCUCAACGCAUACAGCUCAUUCUAUUGGGUCAGUCAGCGCUGAGAUAUCUGAAACAAUGGCUCUGACAAACCUUAUGUCAAUGCCCAUGGGACCAUGGAAGAUUACUGUUUAUGAUCAGGAGCAUUUCCAGGGCAGGCGUUGUGAAUUCACCGCUUGCUGCCAGAACAUCAUGGAGUACGGAAUGGAGACUGUCCGCUCCCUGAAGGUGGAGUGUGGCGUCUGGGUAGGUUUUGAGCACUCUACCUUCAAUGGCCAGCAGUUCAUCCUGGAGAAGGGAGAUUACCCUUGCUGGGAGGCCUGGAGUGGCAACAAUGCCUAUCGCAUUGAGAGGAUGAUGUCCUUCCGCCCCAUCUAUUCUGCUAUGCACAGUGAUUGCCGUAUGACGCUUUUCGAGUGUGAGAACAUGACUGGAAGGCAGUGGGAUGUGUGCAAUGACUACCCCUCCCUGCAGGCUAUGGGAUGGUGCAGCAACGAGAUCGGCUCCAUCAAAGUCAUGAGUGGAGCCUGGGUAUGCUACCAGUAUCCUGGUUACCGUGGUUACCAGUACAUUAUGGAGUGCGACUGCCACGGAGGCGAGUACAGGCACUACAGGGAGUACGGUUGCCAUGCUCAGACCCCCCAGAUCCAGUCUAUCCGUAGGAUCCAGCAUUGAGAGGAACCAGCCGUGUCCUUCCUCCCUUCCCUCCCUUCUUCCUCCUUCUGAGCCCUUCAAACUUCCACUUCCUCCAUCCCUCCGUUCCCAGCCAUGCAAGAUGGUUUGUUGACCCAGACGGCAGGCUGGUAUACUGGUGCUACACUAAUGUAA